UGCGAAUCCAUUGAUUAAAGCAACGAGUCCAUUUAGGUCCAGGUCAAAGCGGAAAAUCUAAACAAAUUUUGCCGGCGGCAAAAAUAAACCUGCUUCCAACGAUACUCCAGCCAUACUCUUCGGAUUCCUUUCACCAUUUCUUCGGACCUUCCGAACACUUAUUUAUGCCAAGAUGGCUGGCAACCCUGCAGUAAACUCAGCACCCGCAAAGCGGAAGCUAGCUGGGUACGAAUUCUAUCGAGAGGUCCUAGGAAGUCCGAAAUAUGUUGUUGCCCCGAUGGUAGAUCAAAGCGAAUUGGCUUGGAGGAGGCUUUCUAGACGAUAUGGCGCUCAACUCAUCUACACACCUAUGAUCAAUGCUAAGAUAUGGGCCGACUCCACAAAUAAAGUCAUCCGUUCCUCAUUUUUCGACUUGGACGCUGGUGAAGAAGGUGAUCCGACUACCGACCGGCCUUUGAUAGUUCAAUUCUGCGGUAACGAUCCAGAUAAACUUCUCAAGUCUGCGAAAGCCCUCGAAGGUCGCUGUGAUGCUGUUGAUAUCAAUUUGGGAUGCCCGCAAGAGAUUGCGAAGAAGGGCAAGUACGGGGCCUUCUUGCAAGAUGAUUGGGAUUUGAUUUACAAACUUAUCAACAUCUUGCACGUUAACUUGUCCAUACCGGUAACAGCCAAAUUUCGGGUGUUCUCAACGGUUGAAAAGACGGUCGAGUACGCCAAAAUGCUCGAGAGGGCAGGUGCACAAAUACUUACCUGCCAUGGUCGACUACGAGAACAGAGAGGGCAAAAUGCUGGUUUAGCAGAUUGGGAAAAAAUUCGUGCAGUGAAAGAAUCUGUUUCGGUACCCGUCUUCGCGAACGGAAAUAUACUUUUUCAGUCUGACAUUGAGAAGUGUCUUCGAGAGACGGGCUGCGAUGGUGUUAUGAGCGCGGAAGGACAGCUCUAUAAUGCCGCGCUGUUUUCCGGUCUCGCGGAAGACUUCGCCUCGAAACUUGUGGCUUCCACGUCCUCAUCUCCUCCAUCAGCUGACGCCUCACGUUCACUUUCAUCUCUUGCCCUCCCCCAACACCCUCGCCAUUCCGAUCUCGCAUUAGAGUAUCUCGACAUCGUCAAAUCGCUCAAGACACGGACAUCCGUGAGCGCCAUCAAGGGUCAUCUUUUCAAAAUCAUGCGGCCUGCCUUAAGCAGGGAGACCGACCUUCGAGAACGAUUGGGAAAAGUAGUCAUCAAGAAGACUGGUAGUUACGCUGACGGUGCGUUACAGCCGUAUGUAGAUAUCUGCCUGGAAAUGAAGGAGAGGAUGGAUCGUGAUGCUAAACAAGCCGAGGGGAAAAGUUUAGACGAGCUUGUAACAAUUGAUGAAGUGACUGGGUUGAGAGUGUUACCACAUUGGCUUGCGCAGCCUUACUGGCGUCCUCCAAGACCUGCGGCUUCCUUCCUGCGAAGCGUACAAAUGUAACGGAAGAGGACCGAGGUCGUGAUGAGGGAAAGAAGGCGAAAUUAGAUUUGUUGGCAUCUUCAGCUGUUGCCUCUCCGACUCAUCAGGUCGCGGCCCCGGUGAUAGCCCCUGUAGAAACACCCGUGGUUACUGUUUGAUUACGCCUUGGAAUCGCAAUGCUUGCGAAUUCAGAAACACUGAAUAAUGUGCUUUC